CAUUUGAAGUUAUUUCCACUCGUAAUUCGUGUCACAUUCACACUUCUUCAUCAAACUGCACACUCGGCAAGCCCAAGCUCCUUCAAACACUGCCCCAACUCUCCCCGCACUUUUGUCAGCUCGGACCAAUCGUCACCCGUAGCAACAACGUCGGCUUCCGGCCACAGGCCAACAUGGCUGCCGUUGCCGUCGAGCCUCCGCGCGAGGAAGACUUGCAGGCAAGUUAUGCCUCCAUUGUCGGCCAUGAUGCGAAUCCGAAAGGCUGGUAUGGAUCCAUGAUUAACGCGCUCGGCUCCUGCGUUGGUACCUUUGGCGCCGUUCCCUGCUGCAUCUGCUGUCCGAACCCCUUCAAACAGGUGCACCAAGGCAAUGUCGGUCUCGUCACAAAGUUCGGAAAAUUCUACAAGGCGGUUGACCCCGGUCUUGUCAAGAUCAACCCACUGUCAGAGCGCUUGAUCCAGGUCGACGUCAAGAUCCAAAUUGUCGAGGUGCCUAAGCAAGUGUGCAUGACCAAGGAUAAUGUCUCCGUUCAGUUGACCUCCGUGAUCUACUACCACAUCACCUCACCACACAAGGCUGCCUUCGGCAUCGCCAACGUGCGCCAGGCCCUCAUUGAGCGUACGCAGACGACGUUACGCCAUGUCGUCGGAGCGCGCGUGCUCCAGGACGUGAUCGAGCGCCGUGAAGAGAUUGCACAGAGCAUUGGAGAGAUUAUCGAAGACGUCGCCGGCGGCUGGGGUGUCCAGGUGGAAUCAAUGCUCAUCAAGGACAUUGUCUUCUCACAGGAGCUGCAGGAGUCCUUGUCGAUGGCAGCUCAGAGCAAGCGCAUUGGAGAAUCCAAGAUCAUCGCUGCCAAGGCAGAGGUCGAGAGCGCUAAGCUCAUGCGCCAAGCAGCCGAUAUCCUGUCCAGCGCGCCGGCCAUGCAGAUCCGAUACCUGGAGGCAAUGCAAGCUAUGGCCAAGAGCGCCAACAGCAAGGUCAUCUUCCUGCCCGCUGCGAACCAGACUAUGCCCAGCAAUGCGGCUUUCAGUGCCGCGAUGGCGGACGCGGGCAACUCUUACGGCGAAGGCUCCAAGAGCCACGACUUUGGCAGCCAAGACCAGGGCUUUCAACAGGCGAUGAACGCACGCGUUGUCGAGAACAUUUAAUCGUCUCGUCACGGCCCCACCGUCCUAUCGGUGUUUUACGACUUCCUCAAAACGAAAUAUCUCUUCGAAGCCCUUGGAUGGAUCAGGGCCAUGAUGGGACGGGACGGGACGGGAAUUGGUUCAGACAGUUAUCGUGUAUACCCAGCAUCGUUCGCCUGGCUUAGUGCUUUCAUAUUAAAUACCCCUGGUCAGAGAUCAGAAUGUCAUGAGAUGUUUAGUUUAAACGGCUCACUACCCCUAACCCUAACCCUAACCCUGAUGUAUAGAUGUAUAUAUAUAGAUGUAUAGAUGAACAAGGAAUGAUUGUGGGAGACCAAUUUAACAAGAGGUUGGAUGCUACUCUCGCU